GCCCCCCUGGGGCCUGAGAGGCUGUCCCGGCAGAGGCCGAGGGCUGGCCUCACAUGGCUCUGGGUGUCCGUCCUGCCGUUCCCAGCUGUGCCCACUGUGAGGGUCGAUGACGAGCACAGAAUGAGAUCCUGGACAGGAGGAGGCCCUCCACAGGAGUGGUGCCCUGCUCUCCUGCAGAAGAGAGGAGUCCCUGUCUUUGCUUCCCCAGGCCAUGGGCAGUUCUUCCCCUGAGCAGCUUCCCUACUGGGAAGGGGAGGCAGGGAGAGGGCUGCCCCCCCAGGCUCUGAGCCCUGGAGGCCUGAGUUCACAUCCCAGCUCGGCAAUGCCCUGCCUUGGGGGCCUUGCUCACCUUUCCAAGCCUCAGUUUUCUCCUGGAGACAAUGAGAUUCACUCUCACCCCCCAUAGGUGUUUUGGGGAAGAACCUCCUUUAUACCAGGCAGUGGGGAAAGGCCGAUGGUGGGCACAGGUUGGUGUUUGGGGUCCAGCAAGAGGGCGAGUCAUCUGUGUCCUGCUGUGAGCACUGAAGACAAGGAGAGAAGUGACCAGAGGAUUAAAUCACAGGAGGUUGUUAAUGACCAAGAGCUCAGCAUGGGGACAAAGUCUGAUGGGCAGGUGGGGGGAGACCGGCAGUGGAGACAGUAGGAGCUUGUGAGUUGGAAGGAGCUGGGAUUGAGAGAGGCGACAGGGGUGGCUGAGUUAGGGUAAGCCGGGGAGAGAUGUUUGGAGUUUGGGGUGGUUGAUUUUCAUGAAUAGCAAUGGAGGAUGACCGGAUCUGAUUCGGGCUUAUGUGAAGCACCCUCUGAGAUAUUCACCAUCAAGGGGGAGGAGUAUAAAUCCCACCUGUCCUUGUGGGUGACAUUCAGGGACUUGCUGCCUAAAACAGCCCUGUGGAUGGAGUGUGGCAGAACCUGCCCAGUGAGGGGCCAGGCAGGCACUGCCUCAGCCCGGCGAGGAAGGUUCGCCACAGCACACGGUAUGGAGCAUGGCACUUCCACCGAGGUCUGUGUCCCGCAGAACCAUAGCCCUCAUCCAAGCACUAGGAAACUAUUCCACAGAAUACCUGACAAGUACUUCUCCAGACUGUCAAGGUCAUCAAAAACAAGGAAAGUGGAGCCUAAGGAGUCAUAACAGCUAAAUGUAGUGUGGUGUCCUGGACGGGAUCCUGGGACAGUGAGAGAACAUUGGGGAAACUUUAUUAAAUCAGAAUAAAUGAUGGCAUUUUCUUAAUAUAGGAUAUGCAGAUUGUUCCCUUAGGUGUGGCAAGGGUACCCUAACAGUGUAAAAUGUUAAUAUUUCUCAGGGAAACUAGGUCCAGGUAUUCUCUGUACCAUUUAAAAUUUUUUUCUGAAAAUCUCUACUGUUGUGAAAUUAAAACUUUACUGAAUAUAUGCAAAGAAUAAAGAAUUGGCAACUUCAGCGUGGAGGGCAGACGAGAAGGAAGGACAAGGGUGACUCCAGAGACCUGUGGGAGCCCCGUGGUGGAGCUGCGAGGCGCUUGCUGGUGGAGCUGUGCAGGUGGAGCUGUGAGGCGCUUGCUGGUGCAGAGAUGGAGAAAGGAGGAUGUAGGAAUAGCUGGGGAGCAGGUGAGGAAAGGGAAGAGUCCUGGACCACCCGCGACCAAAGUGUGGGUAGUUUUUUUUGUUUCUUUGAGACAGAGUCUCACUUUGUUGCCCUCGGCAGAGAGCCAUGGCAUCACAGCUCACAGCAACCUCCAGCUCUUGGGCUUAGGUGAUUCUCUUGCCUCAGCCUCCCAAGUCGCUGGGAUUACAGGUGUCUGCCACAACACCUGGCUAUUUUUGUUGUUGUUGUUGCAGUUUGGCCGGGGCCAGGUUUGAACCUGCCACCUUCGGUAUAUGGGGCCGGCACCCUACUCACUGAGCCACAGGCACCGCCCAACAGUGGGUAGUUUUUAAUAGACGCUUUUGUCCUGAGUGGGCAGAAAACAGGAAGAGCAGGUGUGAGGUAGAAAGUCCUGAGCUCUUCUUUGGCUGGAAUAUUGAGACCCCUGGGAUCCUCUGGAGGACACUGGACCUCACGGAAGUGCCAUUCCAGGGACAGGUGGGUGUAGACCCAGGUGUGGGAAGUGCUGGGUAAGUGGAUUUAUAGCCGUGGGACUGGACCAGGUCGCUUGAGGAGGGAGUGUGUCCCUGGAGACAAAAGGGGCAGCCCAGAACUCUGCAGCCUCCAACAGAAGGGACCAGGAAACCUGGAGGGCAAGGUGACCCAGACACCAAGACAGGAAAGUGUUUGCAGAAGCAGGGAGUCAUCUGUGUCCUGCUGUGAGCACUGAAGACAAGGACAGAAGUGACCAGGGGAUUUAGUCACAGGAGGUUGUUGAUGACCAAGAGCUCAGUGUGGGGACAAAGUCUGAUGGGCAGGUGGGGGAGACCGGCAGUGGAGACAGUGGACAGCCCUUUCCAGAACCUUUGCUGGGGAAGGGGAGCAGAGGAAAGGGGUGGUGACUGGACAGAAAUGGGGACAGGGCAGGGCCUUUACAGGUUAGGAGACACUCGUGCACUCUGUGGGAUGGUAGUGAUUUAGUACGGAGGGCCGAAAAUUGCGAGAUUCCUGACCAGUUCAAGGGUGAGGUUUGGAGGACGAGGGGGGCAGCCUCUUCAGGAGCAGAGGCCCUUCCAGAUGUCUGUGUGGGAGGGACGGUGAGCCCCACUGUCACAUGAGGGUGAGCCUGAGCUCUGGGGGUGUGCGGUGGGGCAGACAUCCACUCUGCCAGUUGUCACAGGAUUCAGAGGGGGUGGCUCAUCACCAUCAGCGUCACCCUGCUGUGCCCAUUCCUUAGACCCUGGCAGGUCUGGGAGAGGCUCCGCAGGGUUUGCAGUUUCAGUUGGAGGCCCCCCAGGCGAGGAGGGAUUGAGGCGGCGGCGCCCUGUACGUAGAGCCUGGCCUUGGUUCUGUGCCCAGAGCGUGUACGUGCGACACGGUGGACGGUGGGCGCAACGUCCCCGGCCUGCAGUGGCCACGCGACUGCGGCCCCCUGCCCUAGGCGGCGCGGGAGCGGCUCCCUUCUUGUUCCCGCGGUGGCCAGGCGGGAGCAGAGGCGCGCGUCACGGCGCGGGUGCCUUCUCUGCUCUGUGACGCAGCGGCGGGGACCCGGGAACGCACGCGGGGCGCCCCCAGCCUGUCCCCGGCCUCAAAGCCGGGACAGACGGACGAUGGCCACGCGGCGGCUCCUGGCGGCGGCGCUCGGGCGCUGCGUCCCCGCCGGCCGCACGGUGACCGCGCUGUCCCAGGGCCUCGCCUGGCGCCGCUUUGCCACCAGCUCGCGUCCAUGCGCCAAAUUCUACACCGACCCCGUGGAGAUGGUGAAGGACAUCUCCGACGGGGCCACCAUCAUGGUCGGGGGCUUCGGGCUGUGCGGCAUCCCCGAGAACCUGAUCGCGGCGCUGCUGCAGACCCGCGUGAAGGACCUGAAGGUGGUGAGCAGCAACGUGGGGGUGGACGACUUCGGCCUGGGCCUCUUGAUGGCCGCCAAGCAGAUCCGCCGCGUCGUCUGCUCCUACGUGGGCGAGAACGGGCUGUGCGAGCAGCAGUACCUGGCGGGCGAGCUGGAGCUGGAGCUGACGCCGCAGGGCACCCUGGCCGAGCGCAUCCGCGCGGGGGGCGCCGGGGUGCCCGCCUUCUACACGCCCACGGGGUACGGGACCCUGGUGCAGGAGGGGGGCUCCCCCAUCAGGUACUACCCCGACGGCCACCUGGCCAUCAUGAGCCACCCGCGGGAGGUGAGGGAGAUCGGAGGCGAGCACUACCUGCUGGAGCAUGCCAUCAGGGCCGACUUCGCCCUGGUCAAAGGCUGGAAGGCCGACCGCAUGGGCAACGUGAUCUUCAGGAGGAGCGCCAGGAAUUUCAACGUGCCCAUGUGCAAAGCUGCAGAUGUCACAGCCGUGGAGGUGGAAGAAGUCGUGGAUGUGGGGACUUUUGCCCCAGAGGACAUCCACGUUCCUAGCAUUUAUGUGGAUCGCGUGAUAAAGGGGGAAAAUUUUGAGAAAAGAAUUGAGCGUUUAAGGUUCCAGGAGGAGGAAGAAAGAGAAGCCCAAGUGGAGGAAGGCCCGAGGACACGCAUCAUCAAACGGGCAGCCCUGGAGUUCAAGGACGGCAUGUACGCCAACCUGGGCAUCGGGAUCCCGCUGCUGGCCAGCAACUUCAUCAGCCCCAGCAUGACCGUCCAUCUGCACAGUGAGAACGGUAUCCUGGGCCUGGGUCCAUUCCCACCCAAAGACCAGGUGGAUGCAGAUCUCAUCAACGCAGGCAAGGAGACAGUCUCGGUGAUCCCAGGGGCCUCAUUUUUCGCCAGCGACGACUCCUUUGCCAUGAUCCGAGGGGGGCACCUCCACCUAACGAUGCUCGGGGCGAUGCAGGUUUCCAAGUACGGCGACCUGGCCAACUGGAUGAUUCCCGGCAAGAAGGUGAAAGGCAUGGGCGGCGCCAUGGAUCUGGUGUCCAGUGUCAAGACCAGAGUGGUGGUCACCAUGGAGCACUGCGCCAAGGACAGCUCCCCCAAAAUCAUGGACACGUGCACGCUGCCGCUGACGGGGAAGCGCUGCGUGGACCGCAUCAUCACCGAGAAGGCCGUGUUCGACGUGCACAAGAAGAAGGGGCUGACGCUGAUGGAGCUCUGGGAGGGCCUGACUGUGGAGGACAUUAAAAAGAGCACCGGGUGCAGCUUUGCCGUGUGCCCCAACCUCAGGCCCAUGCAGCAGGUGGACCCCUGACACGGGAGGCAGCCUGUGGGCACCCAGCCUGUGCUUCUCGGGUCAGCCUGGCAGGGCCUCCUCAGAGGACGUUGGUCAUGGCAGGAAAUCAUUUCACUGGCACAUGGACAGGCUCACCUCUGGGCUCCCAGACUUUCCUGCUAGACAGAUGGGAUUCUCUCUAGAGCGCUGUGACUUUAAUAAACACAUGCAAAAAUUCAGGCAAGGUUGUCCGGCGUGUUCUUGAGCACAGCAAAGCACCCCACGGCAGUGGGAGAGGAAUGUACCCUCUCCCGUGUCUCGACGUGUACACUAAAUUCUCCAUGGCUGGGGGUAUCCACAGCGGGGUUUCAUCCAAGUGCUUCCCUGGUAAUCUAGUCACAAAAUCUAGACAAAAAAAUGACGAGGGGGAAAACACCCCCCACCUUGUCCAACUGUGGUGACAAAUAGACGAACAUUAAGGUGAGUUUGUGCUGGGUGGAAAUGCUGUCUUCAUGAAUGUUUCCCCUUUAGUGCCACUGACUUUUCUUCUGGGGCCUUUCAUUGUGUUGAUCAGUUUUGUUUCCCUGCAGCCUCCUCUCCUCCCCACACGUCUGCUCCUGGUACCUAAGUAGAUGACCCUGAAGGAAAACAGGCCCAUCGUCGGGGAUGGGACCUGGUGAUAGGAGAGAUGGGGGAGGGGCUGUCAUGCUGA